CCCCGCCGCAGCGCCCUCAGUGUCUUGCUGGCCGCGGAGGGGACCGCACGUUCGCCCGCGCCGCGCUGCGCCACGCCGUGAUGGCCCAGGCUCGCGCUGGACGGGCUUAGCCUCCAGACCGUCUGUCUCGCGGACUGCCCCGCGUGAGUGCGUGACCUCGCGUGCCCGAGCCGCACCCCCGUCACGCAGCAGCCGCCGACGGGAGGCUGAGCGCUCGAUACAGCGAUUCGCUCGCGCUUCCUCUGACCGUGUUAUUAUUGUUGUGGGCUGUGACGGUGAUCGCCCUGGAUUACCCCGUCGCCGUCACAGUGCGCGCGCAUGUCUGUGUGUUCGGUGUGUGUGUGUGAGGUCGUGCCAGUGCUGUGAGUGUAACGAGUGUGACGUGACGAAGUUAAAGAGAGAGAAACGCAGUGGUGGCCUCUCGGUUUAAAAAGCUGGGUCGCUCCGACCAGGUGUUUGGCACAGUGUUUUCGUGUGGCGAGCGAGGGACGCACUCUCCCUCCUCUGUUUUUACCUGCGGCCCGGGUCGACUGCCGCCAGCGGAGCAUCUUCCACACAAUAAUAAUCUGUGCAGCUGACGGGACGGGGCUGGGCAGCAAAGCCCCUGAAAUAAGUCCGCCCCCGAUGGACUGGGCCCCGCUCGCCCCCCGGCGGCGCGGCUAAAGAUAGCCCGGUGCAGCUCGCUAUGCCCGCCGCGACGGCCCCAUCGGCAUCCUGGUGAGGCUUGCGACACGGUGAUGGGCGCCAACAUGGGCAAGAACUCGUCUCUCCUGGACGCGCUGCCGUCCACGCAGGGCACCCUGCACGUCGUCAUGCUGGGCCUCGACUCGGCCGGGAAGACGACGGCGCUGUACCGCCUCAAGUUCGACCAGUACCUCAACACGGUGCCCACCAUCGGGUUCAACUGCGAGAAGGUGCGCUGCCAGUCGGGCAAGGCGAAAGGCAUCAACUUCCUCGUGUGGGACGUCGGCGGCCAGGAGAAGCUGCGCCCCCUGUGGAAGUCGUACACCCGGUGCACGGACGGCAUCGUGUUCGUCCUGGACAGCGUAGACGUGGAGCGCAUGGAGGAGGCCAAGAUGGAGCUCGUCAGAACUGCAAAGUCCCCGGACAACGCGGGCGUGCCGAUCCUGGUGCUGGCCAACAAGCAGGACCUGCCGGGCGCGCGCGAGCCCCGCGAGCUGGAGCGGCUGCUGGGCCUGCACGAGCUGGGCCUGAGCCAGGCCACGGCCGGGCCCUGCUCCGCGCACACCUGGCACGUGCAGCCCGCCUGCGCCAUCACGGGCGACGGCCUGCACGAGGGCAUGGAGGUGCUGUACGAGAUGAUAGUCAAGCGGCGCAAGAUGGCCAAGCAGAACAAGAAGAAGCCCGUGGCCAGGUAGCACAGCGCCUCGACGGCGGCGUCCGUGGCUGCGUCCGCGGCGUCGGCCGUCUCGGCGGGCGCGUCCUCAGUGUGCUGCAUGUCGGCGCCCCGCGAGGGCUCCGGCAAGGACCCGCUGCUGUGAAGCGAAAUCUAGUCGACACGAGUCAACGGGGCCCGGCCGGCCGGGGCCCCGCCGGGCUGGGCCGGGCCAAAGCGCAGGAUGAGUCAAUUAAGUGCCUGUCGAUCAAUCAGCUCCAUCGCGGCGAAGGCGUGGAGGGGGACGAAUCGCGGCGCCGUCCUCGGCGCUACUAUGAGGGGGCGUCGACGGCGGCCUGUUUAAUGUCUAACUGUACUGGGCCCCCCCUUUUGCUUUCGCUUCGCCAUGCGCCCUGAUCUCUCCUGUCAACGCCAAACCGGCUUUCAUGAACCAUAACUGACUGAGACAACCUCCCAGAGGCCGGUUUCAUGUUCUGUGAUGUCACCUUCGUGAUUAUUUUUGUUUCUUUGAAUAUCUAAAAGAAUGUUAUUAUGGCCCAAUGCAGGUUUUAAAUAAAGAUAUUUGUUAUGGAAUUUGUUCCCAUUACAUACGGCCCUAUCAGCCGGGGACAACUGUAAUCCCUGUCGCACAUGUGCAUAUGUUUCGUUUUCUUUCUGUAGCCAAUCCAAUGUGGAAUUCUGUCGGCGAAAUGUUUACCUAAAUUGCUAAUUGCCCUCUAUAGGGGAAUGUCAACCAAAGACUGAUUAACAAGUAAUGCAACUUUGACGAAAUAUGCAAGAGCGAGUAGAAGUCUUGGGGCAUUGAGUUGUCCUCGAAUGACAGACUGGUCACUUGUUUUGUAAUUUUCGUGUUAUUAAAAUGUAUAAAUAUUAUUAAAAUGUUGUGUAAUGUAUUGUAAUUAGUGUACAUUUUGAACAGUUUAUACUUGCACAGCCAAAGAGAGAUUAUUACGUGAACCUGCUGUGUAUAGCAUGUAAAGAGGUUCCCAAUGUUAUGAAAUUAAAACAUAUCUAAGGGAGGAAUACUAAUACCCGUUGUCUAUGCUCUCUCACAUUUUGCAUUUUUAUACGAACCAGCCGACCGUCAGCGUGGAAUUGAUUUUAAUUUCCCUAAUGUUGCGUACCAAGUUGUGGUUUUUAUUUAGUGGACUAUUCCUAGUAUGAACAUACGGAAUGAACUGUGACGGCUGAAUAAUGUUAUUUCUUGAAGCUGGUAAAAAUAUAAAUGUGUGCUUGCACCACUGGACUUUGCAUCCGCUACAGCACUCCGUUUUCGCUAUGUACCGACUUAAUCGAUGUAAUUUUGUCGUUAAAAGCUACUUGUAACGCUAAAAAGUCGAUGGCUAGAUGUUUAAAUUAUUUUUGUAAAUGAUGAAAUUGAUUUGUAUUGUGAGUUUGUUUUGUUAUAGUGCCAUUCUGUUCCCAUGUAUGAGGCUUUAGCUCUAAAGGGUCCAAAAUAUUCAAAAAACAAACCACCUUAUUCGGCAUUGAUCGCCUAGUCAAAUGGUGCUAAUGCUCAUAUCGGAAUCCGAUCGAUCAACGUCAAUUGGCACGAUGCUCUCACCUUUGUACAUGACUUGAGUUGGUCUUCCCAUUCAGCUACGUCUUGUGAUCCUCCCCUGUCGUGUGCUUGUUUGUAAUAUUUUUUUGACAAAAGAAAAAACCUGCUGUGUUCUAGACUUCCUUACAAAGUUGUUUUGUCUUUGCACGAUGAAGACAUUGUAAAUACUAUAAAUAAACUAGGGCGAGAGCCCUCUUUAAGUAA